AUGCGCACGCGUCGCCGCGGACCGCCACGAAGGCAUAUCAUUGCGAAUUUAACGUGCCUGUCCGAUGACUCCGUCGUCCACGUGACCGUUCGGCGUUUCGGCACGUAUAAACACACGACACGCACACGCGCGUAACGUGCGUGCGCGUGUACGGGAUUGGAUGCGAUGUGGAGCAUAUGUUGAGUUGACGCGAGCGUUGCGCGAGCUCGUCGCUGAAAAAGUCAGGCUCCGCGCGACGACGACGACGGUAUAAGUACUUGGCCGCGUAUCCCGACGUGCGUGCAGGAACUACGCUCGUCUUUUCCAGGGACAGGUCGGCCGUUGAACGAAGGGGAUGGCGACGUCCGAGAGCGACGGCGACUUCGAGAGCGCCGACGAGGAGCUGGGCCGCGGUGCCCCCGUUAGGAGGAACCCCCGCGUGACGACGGUCUACCGAACGACGGUGGACUCCGAUUCGGAUGACGAGGUCGACGAUACCGAGUAUGUCCAGCGUGCGCCUCGCGGCGACACGGACUGGCAGAGGAGAUCCGAGGCUUUCCGAAUGCUGUCAGAUGCGCCGACGGGUCGGGAGGAGACCCUGCUCGAUGAUAAGGGCGAUAAGAUAGACGAUGUCAAAGGUGAAAGUGGUAAACGUAACGCCAAGUCGGUCGGUCGCGUAGGAAAGACCUCUGACGAAGGAGAGACUACGUCACCCGUCGAUUCAGGAAGAGCGACGCAAUCCUUAUCAACCUCCGCGAUAUCCGCGAAGGACAGAGAUGAAGCCACGCUAGAGAGUAGCGAGAUCGUUGCGCCAGAUGCCAUGUCUAAAUCAGAAGCUACGGAGACCGUGUUGGGAGACAAGGAGAUCUCCCAAACAAAGCCAGGACAAGACACGUCCUGUCAAUUAGGUGCGAAGAAGCUAGGAACUAGACUCGCGAAGGAUAAUGCCGAUGAAUGUUACGUCACUGGUGCAGCCGAACAGGAACGGGAAGAUAAAUGUUCAACCGAGUGUUCAAGUGAGAAAUCCCUACCGUCUGCGAGCAAAGAUACCGAAGAAAGAUCGAAAACUCAAGUAGCAGGUAAUCAAUCUAGACCGUCGAGCGAUUUGUCGGAGGAGGUGGACAUGCCGGAAGAAUUAAAGUCGAAUAAAAAAUUUAAAGAAGUUUUUCAGCCUGAAGGUUGGGAAGGACUUGGGGAUGACGUCGAGUUGCCGGACGAAUUGACGGAAGAGAAAUUACAGCCUGUGUUACAGAGGCUCUCCUUGGCGAACAAAGACGAGAUCCAGGAUGACGGUUCUUUAGGAAGCUGGGGCACUUGGGGAAACUGGGGCGUAUCUUCGUUAAUCAAUACAGCUACUGCGAGCGUGUCUACCCUGACUAGUCAUGUAUCUCAAGGUCUUACACUUUUGGAAGGUUCGAUAGGAGCGCAAGACCCCAGUGACCCUACAGAGUUGGAAAAGAUAAAGCAAGAUGCGGUCGCCGCAACUGAUGAUGCACAGCCGGAGAUCCAAGAACGGGAAAGUCGAUUAUACGGUUCGUUCGGAUUCGGGAAUUUGAUGUCGGGAGUGUCCUCGAUCACAAAAUUAGUCGAAUCUACUGGUAGCAAAGUUAUGACGGGCGGUUUAGAUACAUUGGAGGCUAUCGGAAAGAAAACGAUGGAGGUGCUGCAAGAAGGUGAUCCCGGAUUAAAGAAGAAAAGAGCCUUCUUCAUGAACGAGCCCGAGAAACCAAACUUGUCGCAAAUUCUCAGGGAAGCGAAGGAAAAGGCUGAAACCGAGGAGAAGACGAUCGAGGAACGCGAAUUGGCGAGGAAAGUGCAUUUCGAGAGUCUGUUCGACGAUUAUCAGGGACUCGUCCACUUAGAAGCUCUGGAAAUGUUAUCGAAGCAGAGCAACAUGAAAAUUCAACAAUACCUAAUCGAGCUGGAUACGAGCGACUUGACUUCCGUGCAAGAAACAUUGGAAGAGAUCAAAGAACUUUGCGAUCUAGGCGAUGAAGAUGACGAAGAUAAAGAUAAUAAAGAUUUGAAAAGCAGAUUAGGGAACGCUUGCCACGAGCUUGGUGUCGAUAUCACUUACGAGAAACUAUAUAGCGUUUGGACAGAAACGGAAAAUUAUCUUGCGUCACCCUCGACGCACACAGAUCAGGAGAUCUUUCAGAACGCUAUAUCGACACUGGCACAGUUUACAGCGUUCUCCGUAGAGAGAUUUCAUAAAACGGCAGAACUGCUGUUAAUCAAGGAACGUCGUAGUACAGUGAACGAAGCAGACGCCUUGGUGCAACUUACCAAUAUUCUGUCCGAUCAAAUUAGCUUAUUGGCCAAUUCAUUCUGCAAUACGUUAAAUCAGUUUGCCGAGACUGCGGAAAAGCCAAAUAACGUCAAUGCGAAUAUAACAAUGAUUUUCUUAGAAGCUGCUAACGCAAAUUCAUAUAUUCAAGAUGCCUUUAGGCUCCUCAUUCCGAUUCUGCAAGUUGGAGCGAUCUAAUGAUAAAGAUUAAAAGACAAUUUUUUACACUUUAUAUUUAACGAUAUCUAGAUUAAAUACAAUUUUCGAUGUA